GACAAUUCCAUUUUAUGUGUCUGCGUGCUCAUAUCAAGACUAAGGAGUGAUGGAAACUCUCCAGUUCAGAUCCAGUAACUUUUAGGGAAGAUGGAUGCAGAGGCUGAAGAUAAAACGCUGCGUACUCGCUCUAAAGGAACCGAGGUGCCAAUGGAUUCACUAAUCCAGGAGCUCAGUGUUGCCUAUGAUUGCUCCAUGGCAAAGAAGAGAAGAGCUGAAGAUCAGGCUUUGGGGAUUCCAGUCAACAAAAGGAAAUCCCUGCUAAUGAAGCCCCGACACUACAGCCCAAACGCAGACUGCCAAGAAGACCGCAGUGACAGGACAGAGGACGAUGGCCCCUUGGAAACACAUGAUCACUCUACCGCAGAGGAAAUCAUGAUAAAACCUAUGGAUGAAAGUCUUCUUUCAACUGCACAAGAAAACUCCAGUAGGAAGGAAGACAGAUACUCUUGUUAUCAAGAGCUCAUGGUCAAGUCUUUAAUGCACUUGGGGAAAUUUGAAAAAAAUGUAUCUGUUCAGACUAUAAGUGAAAAUUUAAAUGACAGUGGCAUCCAGUCUUUAAAAGCAGAGAGCGAUGAAGCAGACGAGUGCUUUCUGAUUCAUUCUGAUGAUGGAAGAGACAAGAUUGAUGAUUCUCAGCCACCCUUCUGCUCCUCUGAUGACAAUGAAAGUAACUCUGAAAGUGUAGAAAAUGGCUGGGACAGUGGCUCCAACUUCUCAGAAGAAACCAAACCACCUAGAGUCCCAAAGUAUGCUUUAACAGAUCAUAAAAAAGACCUAUUGGAAGUUCCGGAAAUAAAAACUGAAGGUGACAAAUUUAUCCCUUGUGAGAACAGGUGUGAUUCUGAAACAGAAAGGAAAGACCCGCAGAAUGCUCUCGCAGAACCCCUGGAUGGCAAUGCCCAGCCCUCAUUCCCUGACGUUGAGGAGGAAGAUAGCGAGAGCCUGGCAGUAAUGACGGAAGAGGGUAGUGACCUGGAAAAGGCCAAGGGGAACUUAAGUUUGCUGGAGCAGGCAAUUGCUCUGCAGGCUGAGCGAGGUUGUGUUUUCCAUAACACCUACAAAGAGCUGGAUAGGUUCCUGCUGGAGCACCUAGCAGGGGAAAGGAGGCAAACCAAAGUUAUCGACAUGGGUGGAAGACAAAUCUUUAACAAUAAACAUUCACCAAGGCCUGAAAAGAGGGAGACCAAGUGCCCGAUCCCUGGAUGUGAUGGCACAGGACACGUGACGGGGCUCUACCCCCACCACCGCAGCCUUUCGGGGUGCCCCCACAAAGUGCGGGUUCCCCUGGAAAUUCUUGCCAUGCAUGAAAAUGUGCUCAAGUGUCCCACGCCGGGAUGCACAGGAAGGGGUCAUGUGAACAGCAACCGCAACACCCACAGGAGUCUUUCUGGUUGUCCAAUUGCUGCAGCUGAAAAAAUGGCAAUGUCCCAGGAUAAAAAUCAGCUUGAUUCUCCCCAAACUGGGCAGUGUCCUGACCAGGCCCACAGGACAAGCUUGGUGAAGCAAAUUGAAUUCAAUUUCCCGUCACAAGCCAUCAUCUCUCCCAGAGCCACAGUGUCAAAAGAACAAGAGAAGUUUGGAAAAGUACCAUUUGAUUAUGCCAGUUUUGAUGCCCAAGUUUUUGGUAAACGCCCUCUCAUACAAACAGUGCAAGGACGAAAAACACCACCAUUUCCUGAAUCAAAGCAUUUUUCAAAUCCAGUGAAAUUUCCUAAUCGACUGCCUAGCGCAGGCGCCCACACCCAGAGCCCUGGCCGUGCCAGCUCUUAUAGCUAUGGUCAAUGUAGUGAAGACACCCACAUAGCAGCAGCUGCUGCCAUCCUGAACCUUUCCACCCGCUGCAGGGAAGCCACAGACAUCCUCUCCAACAAGCCACAGAGUCUGCAUGCCAAGGGAGCCGAAAUAGAAGUGGAUGAAAAUGGCACAUUGGACUUAAGCAUGAAAAAAAAUCGAAUCCUGGACAAGUCUGCACCCCUAACUUCCUCUAACACUUCUAUUCCAACUCCUUCCUCUUCCCCAUUCAAAACAAGCAGCAUUCUGGUCAAUGCAGCAUUCUAUCAGGCUCUUUGUGACCAAGAGGGCUGGGACACUCCUAUCAACUAUAGCAAAACUCACGGGAAGACAGAGGAGGACAAAGAGAAAGACCCAGUGAGCUCUCUAGAAAAUUUAGAGGAAAAAAAGUUUCCUGGAGAGGCCUCUAUACCAAGCCCUAAACCCAAGCUUCAUGCAAGAGAUCUCAAAAAGGAACUAAUCACCUGUCCAACACCAGGAUGUGAUGGAAGUGGCCACGUGACAGGAAACUAUGCAUCUCAUCGCAGUGUUUCUGGAUGUCCUUUAGCAGAUAAGACUCUAAAAUCCCUCAUGGCUGCCAACUCUCAGGAGCUUAAGUGUCCAACCCCAGGCUGCGAUGGCUCGGGGCACGUGACUGGAAACUAUGCUUCCCACAGAAGCUUGUCCGGAUGCCCUCGUGCAAGGAAAGGUGGUGUCAAAAUGACCCCUACCAAGGAAGAAAAAGAAGACCCUGAACUGAAAUGUCCUGUGAUAGGGUGUGAUGGCCAAGGUCACAUAUCAGGUAAAUACACGUCACACCGCACAGCUUCUGGCUGUCCUCUGGCUGCCAAGAGACAGAAGGAGAAUCCUCUCAAUGGAGCCUCCCUCUCCUGGAAACUGAACAAGCAAGAGCUACCACAUUGUCCCUUGCCAGGCUGCAAUGGGCUGGGCCAUGUAAAUAAUGUUUUUGUCACCCACCGAAGCUUAUCUGGAUGUCCUCUCAAUGCACAAGUUAUCAAAAAGGGCAAGGUUUCUGAAGAACUCAUGACCAUCAAGCUCAAAGCAACUGGGGGAAUAGAGAGUGAUGAAGAAAUUAGGCAUUUGGAUGAAGAAAUAAAGGAACUGAAUGAAUCCAACCUUAAAAUUGAAGCAGAUAUGAUGAAACUUCAGACCCAGAUCACAUCUAUGGAGAGCAACUUAAAGACGAUAGAGGAGGAGAACAAACUCAUAGAACAGAAUAAUGAAAGUCUGCUGAAAGAGCUGGCAGGUCUAAGCCAAGCUCUCAUUUCAAGCCUUGCCGACAUCCAGCUUCCACAGAUGGGACCUAUCAGUGAGCAGAAUUUUGAAGCAUAUGUAAAUACACUCACAGACAUGUACAGCAAUCUGGAACGGGACUAUUCCCCGGAAUGCAAAGCUCUACUGGAAAGUAUCAAACAGGCAGUGAAGGGUAUCCAUGUGUAGGAUCACAGCGCUGCCGGGCAACAGAAGUUACCAACAGCAGUAAACUCCAGAUGGAUCUGUUAGAGGUUCAUGUACUGCUAAGGCGUGGAGGUUGCCGUACUGCAUUUACAAUUUGCAACAUUGCACUAAUUUUAUUUUCUCCAGCUGAUAUAAAAAGGAAAGAAAAACUAUGAUAGACUUCUUGGAUUAAAAGCAAUGCAGUCAAUUAUUAGAUCUUAUUUAUUUUCAUAUGUUUUUCUUUUAUUUCUUCAUUGUACUCUUUUUUUGUAAAGUAUAUGUAAAAUAAAUGUGACAUUUUUAUAAUUUAUUUAUUACUAAUCAAAGAGUUUUUUAUCUUUUAACUGCAUUUUGAAGUCUGCCGUAUUUUUACAAGUGUGUUUAUUAAUUUAUUUUCCAAUAGGAUUUAAAUAGAAAUGCUAUUCUCAAGUCAUCUUUCUUGCUGGGUUUUAAUGAGGAAACAGGAAAGGGUGAAGGAAAUCCUUGUCUAAGGACUGCACUAUAGUUGAGUUUGAUUUUUAUUGCACACUUCUUCCCCCACCUUUCACUGGUUUUUGUAUUUAUAAAUGAAUUUGCGGUAAGGUGAGCUGCACGGAAGGAAUAAGAAGACAAAUGGCGCCGACUAGUGGGGAAUCCGCACUCACAAAAGCACAGGAUGCUGGAAAACAGCCUGCUCGGAAUUUGUUAGCAAUAAUUAAAUAUAGCAAUCAGCAAAGUAUUCGACUUGGCUGGACGGUUUUCGUUAAUAUGAAUUAUUUAUUUGAAAUGUUUUAAAGAAACAUAAGCCUUUUUAGUGAUGCAGAUUUGUCUGUUUGUUUUUCAAGUCAUAUCAGAUCGUUGGCAACUCGUAUCCCAAGAUGAAAAAUAAGACUUGGUGUGACCAGCCAGGCUUUCCUGCCAUAUGUUGGUACAAUAUACAAGUGACAAUAUUGGUGUAGAUUUGUACUUAGCAAAUACAAACACAUCCAAAUGAAAAAUUUUGUAGAUACCAUAUCCCCUGAAAUAGCAUUUAUCUUACUGGGUUGACUGGAAAGGAAUGGAAAAUAUAGUAACACAUGAAAAAAUGCUACUCCAAUCUGAAUGAUUACUUCAAACACUGGCAACUUGGGUCUCACCCUCCAUAGGAAACAAGACAACAUUCAAUUUGAUAGAAAUCUUGCCGUAAAACUUCAAAUGCUACAAAAUAUACACACACACUCACACACAGGCAUACUCACACACAGACACACACACACACACACACACACAGACUCAUCCACACUUCAAAUUGAGCCCACUAUCUUGAAUUUCUGAAAGGAUCAGAGUUUCAUAGUUUCUAUAGUAAAGGCAAUGUCUAUUUCAGGGAUUGUAAAGUAGUUAAGCAUUGUUUCAAAAGUUUUUUUAUAUUUAUUUUUUUUAAGGAAAAGGUAUAGACAACCAGCUAAACUGCCUUUUUGGUGUGCACAAACAUUUCAUGUGCAGACGUGCCUCUGUGUAAAUGUACACAUGAACUUAGUGUGGGCUUAAUUUUCUGUGCUAUAAACAAAAGUGUUUAUUUUUUAUUAACCUUAUGGAUAUUUAGAUGGAAAGUGAUGGCAUUCACAGGCUUGAUAUAUUCCACUGUUAUUACUGUUACCUGCACAAAUGAAAAACAAUACUCAACAAUAAUUCCACUCCCAUGAAACUUUGGUCAUUGUUAUGCAUUAAGUGGGGCUUAUCUUUGGUUUGGAGUUCAUUUGAACUCUUGAACCUUAGUUUAGUGAAGAUGAACUGUCUGUUCUUAGGUAGAAACGGUGUUUAUUUAAAAAUCAAUUUUAAAAAAUGAGCUACCAUAUGUGCUGUCUAUUAUAAAUGGGACACCAAACAAAAUUUUCUAUUACAGUUGUGUACUUGCAAACAUUUUGCUAUACAGUACUUCAUAGAUGCAUACAAAUGAGCUCACUUAUUACAAAGACAAACGUUUAAUUUGCUAAAUAUUUUAACAAGUUUGUUAUAUAUUUUAUUUAAUUUAAAAGAAAUCUCUUACCAACCUACAUAUUUAUUACUAUAAUUUGCUAUGACUUCAGGUUAAUUUAUUUGUGUUUGCAUAGUUUGAGCAGGAUGUUUUGUGAAGUAUGUUUGUAUUUAUUUGCCUACUUUGUACUUGAUGUGUUUUGUAAUGUGCACUGAAUUUGUUUUCUUUUCAACUAUGUUAAUGAUCAAUACUGUAAAUUGGGUCUUUUGUAAACAACAAAAAGGCAAUGAUGUAUGCAUUUUUUUUAAUUUGAGGUAGUUUGUUUGUAUACUGUUUCUCCAAACACUUAAUAUUUCUUACAUCAAAGCAACAAAAUUGUGUUCAGUGCUGUACAUUUGGUGUAUGGUAGGAAAUAAAAAUUGAUAACGA